AAAUUGCUGUUCAUACAGUUGACGCGCGUCGUUAAGACUAUGGCAUUGGCAGUACAUCUGUCUAAUUCGUUCAAGAAUAAUGCAACACUUCAUACGACGCAAUCCAUCUUCUCAUUCUUCCAUCACUUCUCUCUAUAGAGCUAUUCCCAUUUCGACGUGCCCAUCAUGUCGCGUGGAGAGGAACAAUCUUAUGCCGUUCCGGUUCCUUCUCAAGAUCCAAAAAAGAAGGAUGCCGAAAAGAAGGAUUCGGAACAGAAGGAAAAUGGUGAUGUAAAGAUGAAUGGAGAUGCAGAAAAGGACAAAAAGGAAAAGAAGAAUGAAGAUGAACUUAGCGAAGAGGAUUUACAGCUAAAGAACGAGCUUGAAAUGCUGGUUGAACGUUUAAGUGAAUCAGACAAGAGUUUACAUCGUCCCGCAUUAGAAUCUCUACGAACACUCAUACGCACAAGUACUUCAUCAAUGACCUCCGUUCCCAAGCCACUCAAGUUUUUACGCCCUCAUUUUGCUGAACUCAAGACAACGCUAGAAUCCUGGCCUUCUUCUGCAGACAAGGCUUUAUUCGCAGAGAUCCUGUCCGUCCUUGCAAUGACUUAUUCAGACAAUGGCCAACGCGAAACAUUGAAAUUCCGCUUGUUAGCAUCUCAGGUGGGCGAAGCAGAAAAUCCAGGACUCUGGGGUCACGAAUAUGUCAGACAUCUUGCAGCAGAACUGGGAGAAGAAUACAACGCCCGUGGCGAGAAGCACGAUGAAAAUUCUCCUGAUACCAACAAAGAAUUGCUCGAUUUGGCCGUAUUGAUCGUUCCUUUCAGUUUGUCACACAACGCUGAAGCCGACGCAGUCGAUCUACUACUGGAAUUGGAAUCCAUCGAUCGCUUGCCAGAAUUUGUGGACAAGGAUACAUAUGCAAGAGCAUGUCUCUACAUGGUCAGUUGUGUCAACUUGCUAGUCCCACCAGAUGACGUAGAAUUCCUACGCACUGCACACACCAUUUACCGCAAAUUUGAUCGAUAUGCCGAAGCAAUGACAUUGUCUCUACGCAUUGGAGAUCGAGAAUUGAUCCGAGAUGAUUUCGAAGCACCCAAAAAUCCAACAAUGAAGAAGCAGCUUGCACUGCUACUGGGAAGACAACAAGUUCCGGUCGAAUGGCUUCAAGACGAAAGUGAUCCCAUCUCUGAUUACUCUGUGCUUGAUUGUAUCUUCAACACACAGCUAUCGUCAAACUUUAUCAAAUUUGGAAAGGAGUUAGGCGUAUAUGAUCCAAAAUCGCUCGAGGAUAUCUACAAGAGCCACUUAGAGAACUCGCGCUCCACAGUCAGCGGUUCGGUCGAUUCUGCCAGAGGUAACUUAGCCAGUACGUUUGUCAAUGCCUUUGUCAAUGCUGGUUAUGGGAAUGAUAAAUUGAUGGUCGGAGCCGAAGAAGGAAAUAGCUGGAUUUACAAAAACAAAGAUCAUGGUAUGCUAAGUGCAAGCGCAAGUUUGGGUAUGAGCUUGUUGUGGGAUACUGAGAUGGGAUUGAGUCAUAUCGACAAGUACACUUACUCGUCUGAUGAAUACAUCAAGGCUGGUGCACUUAUGGCAUACGGUAUUCUUCAUUCAGGUAUUCGCACAGAAAUGGACGCCGCUCUUGCACUAUUGACCGAGCAUGUUGAAAGCAACAGCACGCCACUCAAGAUAUCUGCAAUUAUCGGUAUCGGAAUUGCAUACGCAGGCUCAUGCAGAGAAGAUAUUGUUCCACUUCUACUUCAACAUGUUGCCGAUGAGACGACAUCAAUGGAAGUUGCAUCCAUGGCAGCUUUGGCAUUAGGUUUCAUCUUUGUUGGAUCUGCGCAUGGAGAAAUCACGCCCACAAUCUUGCAAACAAUGAUGGAAAGAGAGCCUGCACAAUUGAAUGAGAAAUGGGCUCGCUUCUUGAGCUUGGGUUUGGCACUCUUGUUCAUCGGCAGGCAAGAUGCAAGCGAUGCAACAAUUGAAACAUUGAAAGCUAUUGAGCACCCUAUUGCAAAACAAGCACAAGUUUUAGUAGACAUGUGCAGUUAUGCAGGAACCGGAAAUGUGCUAAAGAUUCAGACAAUGUUGCACCAUUGCACCGAACAUCUCAAUGUGGACGACAAGAAGGACGACGAUGAGGAAGACGGCGAAGAAGAAGGAAAGGACAAGAAAGAAGAGGAGGAGGAAAAGGUCAACGAUCUAUACCAAUCAUUCGCUGUGAUCGGUGUUGCACUUGUUGCAAUGGGUGAGGAUGUUGGCGCAGAGAUGACACUACGGCAUAUGUCGCAUAUGAUGCACUAUGGAGAGCCAGUGAUUCGUAAAUCGGUUCCUCUUGCUUUGGCCCUUUUGAACCCUUCAAAUCCACAAAUGCCCCUUGUUGAUACCCUUUCCAAAUACUCUCACGACAACGAUUUGGACGUUGCUAUAAAUUCGAUCCUAGCAAUGGGUAUCGUUGGAGCUGGAACAAACAACGCAAGAUUGGCACAGAUGUUGAGACAAUUGGCAAACUACUACCACAAGGAGAGCAAUUGCUUAUUCAUGGUGCGUAUUGCUCAAGGUUUGAUUCAUAUGGGUAAAGGAACUGUGGGUAUCAACCCUUACCACACCGAUAGACAACUACUUAGCAAGACGGCCGUUUGCGGUUUGUUGAGCUUGCUUGUCAGUUUCACAGACGCACGCGGAUUUGUUUUGGAGAAGAACCAUUGGAUGUUAUACUUCCUUGUGAGCGCCAUGUAUCCCCGCUUCCUUAUCACCUUGGAUGAGGAAUUACAACCUCUACCGACGACUGUUCGCGUUGGUCAAGCUGUUGAUGUUGUCGGUCAAGCAGGAAAGCCUCGAACGAUUACAGGAUUCCAAACACAUACUUCGCCUGUUCGUUUGGGUACAUACGAACGUGCAGAAUUGGCAACGGAUGAAUAUUUGAGCUUUGCAAGUGUUCUGGAAGGAUUAGUAAUCCUAAGAAAGAAUCCAGGAUACGUGAAGGAAUCCAAUUAGAGAAUCAAUUAAGUUUUUGUUUUUGUAGCAUCACUCAUGAAUCAUACAUACACUUCACGCAACGAAUUGACAGAAACCAAUGACAUGAAUAUAGUUACACAAAGAAUGAUUGAUAUGCUGGUUCAGAGACGAGCUUUA